AUCAAUCAAAGGAUUACAAUCUAAUCAACACUAAUACAUCUGCCCCUACAAGAUUGCAUUAAAGAAUAUGACUUUUUCUGGAGGACAUAAUAUAUUCAAACCAGCACAGAUACCAACUUAUAUUCAAUACUAUACAAGAACAGUUCUCUACGCCCAUAUUUUGCACUUGUUACAAAUUAUAUUUUUGUACAUUGUAAUUUCAUAACCAUUGAUUUGUUAUUGCUUUUUAUGAAUUUGCAUCUUAGCAGCUGUAAGAAGUGGAGUUAUAUAACAAAAAAUACAAUAUUAUAGUACUGGUAUUUUAAGUCAACCAUAAUAUUACCUUUUCCAGAGCUAUACACUUUGAUCCAUUGUAUCUUGGCCUUUCCUUUCAGUCUGAAGACCUCCCUUUACCCUUGAUGAUAUAGCAGAUUUAGUGGUAAUUAACUCCCUCAUGUUUUAUCUGGGAAUGCCUUACUCUGUCCCUUGUAUUUGAAACAAAAUCUUACUAGAUAUAAAGUUUCUUGGUUGGAAAUUGUUUUCUUUCAGCUCUGAGAAUUGUGGUCAAGACUUGAGUCUGAAGGUUUCUAUCUCCUCUCUCAGCUUUGCUCACCUAUUGCUUGUCUGGUUUAGUGAAAAUCCAAAGGAAGACAGUUCUCAGCUGAGCUAUUGACAAUGCAACCACAGGAGUUAAUGACCUUCAAAGAUGUGGCUGUAGACUUCACUCAGGAAGAGUGGGCAUUGCUAGACACAUCCCAGAGAGAGCUGUUCAGAGAAGUGAUGCUGGAGAAUAUCAAUCAUCUGAUCUCAGUGGGAUGUCAGGUCUGCAAAUCAGAUGUGCCUUCCCAGUUGGCACAAGGAGAGGAAGUGUGGAGAGAAGGAAUGGGAUUUCUCCAAAACCAGAGUCCAGUAAUUAUAGGCAGGAAAAAUGCCUGUAAUAAGCAAGAAAUGAUAUUCAUGCAACUUACCUGCAGGAAAGACAAUUCUGACUUCAUGUCAUUGGUAAGCUUCAUUGAUGUGAACCCUGUAUGUGGAGGAGCCUUCAGUCAGUUUUCUAAUCUUAGACAACAUGUGAGAACUCACACUGCUGUGGAACCACGUGAAUGUCAUCUAUUUGGGAAGACCUUCAGUCAAUAUUCUUAUCUUAGACAACCUGAGAGAACAUAUGCUGGAGGUAAUCCCUAUGAAUGCCAUAUAUGUGGCAAAGCCCUCAGUCAAUAUUCUCAUCUUAGACAGCAUGUGAGAAAACACACUGGAGAGAAACCCUACGAAUGCCAUACAUGUGAGAAAGCCUUCAUUGAUUGUUAUGCCCUAAGACGACAUGAGAGAACUCACACGGGAGAGAAACCCCAUGAAUGUCAUCUAUGUGGAAGAACCUUCAGUCAAUAUUCUCAUCUUAGAAAUCAUGAGAGAACUCACACUGGAGAGAAACCACAUAAAUGUCAACUAUGUGGGAAAACCUUCAGUCAGUACUCUUCUCUUAGAAAUCAUGAAAGGACUCACACUGGAGAGAAACCCCAUGAAUGUCAUCUAUGUGGGAAGACCUUCAGUCAGUACUCUUCUCUUAGAAAACAUGAGAGAACUCACACUGGAGAGAAACCGUAUGAAUGCCAUGUAUGUGGUAAAACCUUCAGUCAGUGUUCUCAUCUUAAGCAACAUGAGAGAACACACACUGGAGAGAAACCCUAUGAAUGCCGUCUAUGUGAGAAAGCCUUUGUUGAUUGUUCUGCCCUCAGACGACAUGAGAGAAUACACACUGGUGAGAAACCCUAUGAAUGCCGUACAUGUGGGAAGGCCUUCAUUGAUUGUUCUGCCCUUAGACGACAUGAGAGAACACACACUGGAGAGAAACCCUAUGAAUGCCAUAUAUGUGGGAAAGCCUUCAUUGAUUGUUCUGCCCUCAGACGACAUAAGAGAACACACACUGGAGAGAAACCCCAUGAAUGUCAUCUAUGUGGGAAAGCUUUCGCUCAUAGUUCUGCCCUCAGGCAGCAUGAGAGAACACACAAUGGACAGAAGCCAUAAGAGUGUCACCUAUCUGGGAAAACCUUAAUUUUCUAUCCUUAGACAAGAGGAAAUUGUUCAAACUUGAGAGGAAAUGUAUGAAUGUCAUCAAAGCCUUCAGUCAGUAUUCUGACCUUAGAUGGAAUGAGAACCCACAGUACACAUGUUUUGAAUAUGAAAGAUGUUUUAUCCAUGUCUUCAACCUUUAAACACAGCAGAGAACUCACAUACUGAAGAAACACUGUUUGUAAUCAAUAUGAUAGUUUCUUUAGUCAUCAUUACUAUUUUAGUUAAUAUAAGGAAAUUUUUACAAAAUGAAUGUCGUCUUUGUAGCAAAGCCCUUAGUAGUUGAGCUGAUGAUAUACCAUAUGAGAGAACUCAAUAGAAAUAUAAUGGAAGUGGAAAGUCCUCAUCUACCACUCAGAUAGACAAGUCAGAGAAAUGAGCACAUGAGGAACUCUAUGCUUGUACUAAAGAUUGGUGUGCCUUAAUUUGUAAUUUAUCCUUUAAAUAAAAUGAGUGAACUCCAUAGGAGUGAAUUACUAGGUCUGUACUUCUUGUGCACUGUCACUGAGUGAAACACAAGACUUUGUAUGCUAAAGAAUACUCAAUUUAGGAAUAAUGACAGAAAUAUGAAAUGAGAGAAAAGUUAUGAAAACAUGAAAUAAGAUAAAAUUCUUUAUUAGCAAUGUGAAUCCCCUUGGGAGAGAUCCAGAAAUUUCAUGAUGGAGAAUGCAUUCAGUGUGAAAUCUUGGGAAAUCAUUUAUUCAGAAAUUGAGGUUGUGGGCAUGAGUUAUUGUAUCUAUGAGGAAUAGUGUUUGAGGGGAUUGGGCAAAUUAUUGGGUAGUGGCUGAGUUAUAGAGAUUGGUGUUGGAAAUGCUCUAGUUUUGGGGAUAAGAGAAUGUGAAGAUUGUGAUUCGGGAGUCUUCUAGAGUAAAUGAAUAUGCUUAUAUGCUUGCCCUCUAAUGGAUCAGUGAUGGACAUUUUUUUGGGUCAGAGAUUAAAUAUCUGAAGGUUAGGAACAGAUAUGUUUACUUUGUUUCUGAUCUUAGAGGGAACUAAACUUCAUCUAAGUAACAACAUUAUCAGUGGGUGAGAGGGUCCUGCACACAGUAGUUCACUGAGUAAAGUGGAUGCCCAGAUAAUUCCAUUUUCCCCUUUCUAUUAGCCCAUUAGGAACUAUCAGUCUGAACGCACUGAAAUAAUUAUAUUAGUAAUCAAAGAGAUAAUAGAUUCCAAGAUCUACAGGACCCGUAGGCAAUGCUAUUAUGUUGGUCCAAAUGUGGAAACCCAGUCUUUAAUGUUAAUUUUGAAAAUGUUAUUAUCCAGAGCAUGCAUAUAUAGAAAUUUUCACUAAUAGCAUACUUUCAAAAGAGUGGUGAAUGCUUUCCUACUAAAACUGGGGACACUAAAAGAAUCUCUGUUCUCAUCACUACUCAUAUUUUAUAAAUACUAAAAGACUAAUUGCUUUACCCUAGAGACCAAGUAAAGGUUGUCCUCUCAUAACUUCCAUUAUAUGUAGGCAUAAGAGUGGACUCAUGUAGUGUAAUUUGUUGAAGAGUGGUAAGAAAAAGCAGAAAACUUGGGGGAAAAAUGCAUGUUUGGGUAUAUAGAAACAACUUUUAUAUUUGCAAAAGAAAAUUAGAGGCCAUUAUCAAUUCUAGGAAUGUCAUGGGGUCUGAAGUAAAAGUAAAAUUCAAUUUCUAUAUAUUAGAAAUUUAUUGAGGUGAUCCCUGUUCCUGGGCCCAUACAGCUGUUAUAUUUGCAAAACAAAACUAGAGGCCAUUAUCAAGUGUAGGAAUGUCACAGGAUCUGAAGUAAAAGUAAAAUUCAGUUUCUAGUAUAUAGAAAUUUAUUGAGAGGUAAUCCCUUUUCCUGGGCCCAUGAUUUCAUGGUGCCAGAACUGAUGUCCAGUUCAGUGUUGGUCCACCCAGCAGCAGAAGCAGUUACGGGAAAUUCAGCUAUUUCAUGGGUAUCAUUGAAGUUAAGUCCAUUAUCAUCCUCUUUGAUAGGAUCAUUCUCAGCCUCUGUCUCAUCAGGAUCUCAAGCUCAUUGGGUGAUAUUCUGGCAAAUGAAAAAUGAUAGGGCAAGAAUAUAUCUUAGUGCUUGCUAGGGGCUGGGGUGUGGGAAGCAGUUGAUGACAAAGAAAUAGGGGGCUUUUUGGUGGCGGUAGCUUCAUGACUGUACACUUUGGCAAAAGGAUAUUCUGUACACUAAAAGUGAAUUUUGCUGCAUGUGAAUUAUAAAUAAAAGUAGAACAGUGUGUUUACAUUCACAACAGUGUUUUUAAAUUAUAUUAAAAUAAAUAGAUAUUUC